CUAGUUGGGUGUGGCCCGAGUUUUCAGGCCAUGCCCAACUACUUUCACCUACUUUUGACUUCUUGAUCUUCUAUGACAUCGACAGCAACAUGGCUGCACUUACUAAAGACUUGGAUGAGCUAGUGGUGCUGGUAGAAGGCCUUGACCUGGAGGACAACAGAGCUGGUUCUGGUGCUUAUGGGGUUGUCUUCAGAGUGACUGUAAAGGGGAGAGAAUGUAUUGCCAAGAAGCUCCACAGCAUCUUGCUCAAAGCUGGCGACUACUAUCCAGUGGACCAGAGAGAUUCCAUUAUUGAAAAGUUCCGCAAUGAGUGUCGUAUUCUAAGUGGUCUGGAGCAUCCGAACGUUGUAACAUUUAUUGGAAUCCACUACGGUCGAGACAAGAACGAUCUUAGUCUGAUCAUGGAACGUCUGCACACUGACGUAGCUGCUUUUGUACAAUCCCACCCUCAAACACCCAUCGCUGAGAGAAUUCAUAUUUUGUGGGAUGUGUCAAAGGGCCUUCAAUAUCUCCACUCGCUGACCCCUCCCCUCAUACACCGUGACCUUACUGCUCCCAACAUCCUGCUCACUGAUGACCUGACUGCCAAGAUAGGAGACUUGGGAGUAUCCAGAUACGUGGACCUUGACGCAUUGUCGAGGCUGCUAACGAAAGCUCCUGGAAACGUAUACUACAUGUCUCCCGAAGCAAGAGACGAGAAUCCGCAGUACACUGUCAAGCUGGACAUUUUCUCCUUCGGUACUCUCAUUAUCCACACAUUCAUUGGCCAAGUUCCUGCCUUACAUGAUGUACCCUACAAUCAGCAAGCUCUAAAGCUCAGUGAAGAGGGAAAGAUCGAGUUAACGAAAAGAAGAAGGGCUAUUCAACAGAUGACCACAGACCACUGCAUGUAUCCUCUCAUUGUCCGCUGUCUCCAUGACAAACCUGCUCCCAGACCAACUGCAGACGAAAUGCACCAGUCACUGCAAGAGUUGUGUACGAGGUACCCAACCAAGGCGUUUCAAAAGGUGGAGAUUAAGGCUGCUCUAAGGCAGCGUCUAAAGGAAGGAGAUACGUGGUACCUGGUUGGCUUCCAGUGGAUGGAGCAAUGGAAGAGGUAUGUAGGAUACAACGAACAAGCCUCUCCUGGUGAUGGAUCUGAAGCUGAAGUUGAAAAUCCUGGAAAGAUUAACAACGACGCUCUCCUGACAGGUGGGAUUCUACGAGAGGAUCUCAAGGAUAUGAAUGACUAUUUCCUCAUUCCAGAGUCUGCCUGGAACAAACUGGUCUCUUGGUAUGGCAUCUGCUCAAAUUCGAACACCAUUACAAGGAAAGUUGUUCAGGGGGGUCAUGGCUUGAUGGUGGAAAUCUACCUCCAAGUUCUCACCUUGAGUGUUUACCCUAACCUAAAAGAGAUCAAGUGUAGAAAGUUCAGCCGUUCAGACACUAUUGCCACUCUGCUGCAAGGCACUAAAGAGGAGUUUGAGAUACCUGCUGAAGUGGAUUGCCGGACCCACUGCUAUGUAAACAGUACUUUUAGGCUGCUUUCUAAUGGCAGUGAAACCCUUCAAACAUCGGGCCUGUUUGAAGAUCAGAGUGCUACGGACACUGUCAUCUUUGUGUUGGAAAAGCAGAAUGAUGAUGGGACGUGGCCACAAGUCAGCUCCCCGCAACAUCAAAAGUUGGAGAUAGAGGCAGCUCUUGAACAGAAGCUUAGAGCAGGCGAGAGCUGGUUUCUAGUUGAUGCUAACUGGAUGAGAAAGUGGAAAAUGUUUGUUUCUGUUUCCCCGAUUGACAGUACAAACCCUGGCCCUGUAGAAAACUCACAGUUAUGCAAAGGUUAUAACAGUGAUAUGAGGCUGUAUGACAACCUGAUGGGCGGUGUAGACUAUACACUGGUACCAGAGUCAGCAUGGAACAAGUUGUGCUUCUGGUAUGGUCUGAGUCCACAGUCAACGGCUAUAUCCAGGCGAGUGGUUGAGUGUGGUCCACUUGCAAGUGAUUGUUUUGUGGAAGUUUAUUUACUCAACCUCAAAAUGUGCGUACACCCACAUCUCGAAAAUGUCAAGACAAGGAAGUUUAGCAGAGCUGACACUGUUGGUGAAUUAGAAUUUGCAAUUAGAGAGGCGUUCAGUGUUCCCCGGAGUACUGAAUCUCGUUGCCCAACACUCAAAAGCAAAAAGCUCAACCCCAACCGCUCAUUGCUGGAAGCAGGUCUCCAUUCUGGACAGACAGUGCUGCUACUAACUGUGCCACCAUCUUUAGAGACUCAGAGGAUGGAGAUUCGAACCUCACUAAAACAGCAAUUAAAGAAUGGAGACAUCUGGUACUUAGUGGACAUUCGCUGGAUGAAACAAUGGAAAAAGUAUGUUGGUUACGACAUGUGGGACCAGUCGUCAGCUGGCAAGGAGUCCGCAAACCCAGGGCCUCUGGACAACUCUAACCUGUUCAAAGACGGUUGUCUUCGUGAGCACCUGAUGGAUGAGUUAGACUACUAUCUUCUCCCCAAGUCAGCUUGGAACAAACUAGCAUCUUGGUACGGUCUCAGUCCAAAGUCAAAGGUCAUCUCAAGGUGGGUGGUUGAGUAUGGACUGUACAUGAAUCACUGCAAAGUGGAGGUGUAUCUGCUGGAAUUUAAACUGUGUGUACACCCUAACCUAAAUCAUAUCAAAAAGAGGGAGUUUAGCAGAAGUGACACUGUCGCUGAUUUGGAGUCUGCUAUUAGAGAGGAGUUUGGUGUCCCCCCAGCCGAAGAGUGCAGAGUGUGGCAUCGCUAUAUGACACACACCUAUGAGCUAUUGUCAAAAGCUGACCAAUUUCUGCAGGAUGCUGGACUCUACAAUGGGCAGACCAUCGUCUUGGAGGUGAAGAAUGAAGAUGGGUCAUGGCCAAGAACCACCUCUGUUGUUGUCGAUGCACGAUGAUUGCGUUCUAGUGACAAUCUAAAGUGUGAAGUAAUCAAAAACUAGAGUGGAUUCUUCUUACCUAUUAUAUUUUUCUCUUUUUGUGGCGCAAGUCUCUAUAGCUGUACUACAUCAGUUUUACAUAAUUUUUUUGUCUGUG